GUUAUUUAGUCUCUUCCCGCUCUUCGGCCGGAUAAUACGAGCCAGCGCACGCUUGAUCCUUUCGAACGCACAUGGAACAUGUGACACUGGUGCGUGUUUGACAACAAACAAUCCUGAUAAUUCUAUGCGAUUUUUUUCUUUGUGGACGAGACGAUUAUGUAAAAUCUACGUACGAGGCCCGCCGUUUUUGUUAUUGUUUUGUAGGAUUUUUUUUUUAAAUUGUUUUGACGGUAGUAGGACAAAGACUAAAAAUGAUUUUAGUGGAUUGAAAGUGUAUUCGAAUUGUGACUGCUAAACUGUAAACAUGAUUUUGGGGAAUACUAUCAUUCGGAUUACGGCUGCCAUCGCUUUUGUGAAUUUAUGCAGCUCACAAAGACCAGAUGAAUCUGCAAAGAAAGAAAGAAAGUCACAGAAAUACCCUCUGCAACUUCAUCAAAUGUAUAAAGAUCAGAUUCAAAAGAAAAUACCAAAGAAUUUAGGAGAAUGGUCGGAGUGGUCUCCCUGGACUUCUUGUUCUAGAAGCUGUGGGGGUGGAGUUACUCAACAAACUAGGCAUUGUAUUCACCGACCUGCAGAUUCAAGGUUUGUGCGAAGACAAAGAAGACGACGUCAAAAUGGUAAACGUCUUGUCAGUGGAUGCGUGGGUCUAUAUAAGAGGAUUCACUUGUGCAAUAGUCAAGACUGCCCGUCUGGUCAAGACUUUCGUUAUGAACAAUGUGCCUCAUUCAACAACCGACUAUUCCGAGGUACACGGUACCAGUGGGAGCCAUUCUUCAAAGCUAAAGACGAAUGUGCCUUAAACUGUAGACCAGUAGGAAUGAGCUUUUUCGCAACACUAAACAAGACUGUUAUUGAUGGGACACCGUGUUCAUAUCCCAUUACGCAUACUGGAAAAUCAGCUCCUAAAGGAACAAGAGGAAUCUGCAUAGAUGGAUAUUGCAAGUACGGCCUAACUAGUUCAUCUUCAGAUAUUUCCGAAUUUUCUUCGUCGGAAGCAUUGAUGUUUACAUCCACAUGGUCGGGAGUAUCUGAGGUAGAAUCGUCACUAGGUACUUAG